AUGGAUUUGACUCCAGUGCAAGACGUCAAGGGCGCGCUGCGCAAUGACUUUUUCCACGGCUAUGCGACUGCGGCGCCUCAAGUCGAAGGAGCUUGGAACAAGGAUGGAAAAGGCCCCUCAAUCUGGGAUACAUUUGGCCAUACUCCAGGCAAGGUCAAGGACAACAGCACAGCUGACGAUGCUGUAAGGGCCUACGACUUUUACCGCGAGGAUGUUGCUUUAAUGAAGUCGUACGGCGUUAAUGCCUACCGAUUUUCAUUAUCUUGGUCGCGCAUUAUCCCUCUUGGAGGUGCCGAGGACCCCGUCAAUGAGCAAGGCAUCAAAUUCUACCAAGAUCUCGUUGACGAACUCCUCAAGAACGGCAUUACGCCAUUCGUGACGCUCUUUCAUUGGGAUGUCCCUCAGGCUUUGGAGGACAGGUACGGAGGUAUGCUGAACCAAGAGAAAUUCGUGCCUGAUUUCGUCCGCUAUGCCCGUGUCUGCUUCGAAAGCCUGCCACGGGUCCGCCACUGGAUUACAUUCAACGAGCCUGGAGUGUACUCGCUAGCGGGGUAUGCUGCCGGAGUCCACGCCCCAGCACGAUCCUCCUUCCGAGACCUCAAUGAGGAGGGAGAUUCUUCCACGGAACCGUUCAUCGUCAGCCACACAGAGCUCGUCGCACAUGGCCAUGUGUCCAAGCUGUACCGAGAAGAAUUCAAGGAACAACAACAAGGAACGAUCGGCAUCACUCUCCACGGUAACUGGUCAGAGCCUUAUGAUGAGGAAGACCCUCGCGACCAGGAAGCAGCCGAAAGAGCACGCGAAUUCGAAAUCGCCUGGUUCGCCGACCCUCUGUACAAGACCGGUGACUAUCCUGCCUCGAUGCGAGCCCAGCUUGGCGAUCGCCUCCCACGAUUCACGCCUGAGGAAUCUAAGCUGGUCCUUGGAAGCUCAGAAUUCUAUGGCAUGAACUCGUACACGACGUUCUUCGUGCAGCAUAAAGACACCCCUCCAGAUAUCAACGACCAUAAAGGAAAUGUUCAUAUUCAUGACACGAACAGCAAGGGCGUUUCUCGAGGUGAAGAGUCCGAUACAGCUUGGCUAAGAAUGGCGCCAGGCGGCUUCAGGAAGCUGCUCAACUGGAUCUGGAACCGGUACCACGUGCCCAUCUAUAUCACGGAGAACGGCACAACCGCAAAGGGAGAGACAGCUCCCACGCCGGAGGUCCUCAAUGAUCAAUUCAGAAUUAGAUUCUUCGAGGGCUACGUUGGUGGAAUCGCCCGCGCGGUCAAGGAGGAUGGUGUCGAUAUCCGGUCAUAUUUCGCCUGGACAUUUACCGACAACUGGGGUAAGUUCUCAACCAUAAAUUCCUCUCGUUCUGUAACUGACAAACAUAGAAUGGGCUGCUGGUUACUCUGA